UUUUCAAAUUGUAAAACAAUUAAUCUAACUACAAGCCUAAAAGAUCUCGAAAAAGAGCAAUUGAUUUUUAAAAUCAUCUCAUAACUUUUACCUCUUUUUGCAUAUAUAAUAUAAAAAUUUCAAAGGAGUUCUGUAAAUAGCAUAUAAGAUUCACAUAUUAUAGAAAUCAAAGAUCGAAUGAAUCUCGACAAACCAAAUGUGUUUGAAAUCAUGAAUAAGCAUUAGAUGGAAGAUCGAUGUAUAUGAAUAUAUAUAUAUAUAUAUAUAUAUAUAUAUAGAGUUUAGUUACAUCUUUUGAAGAAAACCAUUGCCGUGCAGGAUAUACUGCAGACUUGAUUGAUGAUACCUCUCAACGAUCAGACAGCUCGUUUUCGAUAGCUCACAGUAAUGAAAAACGAUGGAAAAUAGUCCAAUGAUCUCAAGAUGAACGAUUAUAUAUUUCACACUUUCCUUUUGAAAAUUGUAACAUGUGAACGUCUUAUGAAUUUUGAAAAUUCUUACGAUAACACCAAGUAGCAUUUGUGGAUUCACAUAGAAUUUUAAGCCCCUAGACGACCUUCAUUUUCUGAUCGCGUUAAUAUUCCUAUUUGAUAAUCGUGGGAAAGAUCGCAGGUUCGACACCUUUCUCACGAAUACUCAUACCGAUGUAUGUCUGUAGCUUACUUAUUGUUAGAUAGAUUGGCUAUCGAUGACGGUAAUGUUUGGUUUUGGUCAAGGUUCGCCUAUCGGUUCAAUUUUAUCUGUUAUUUUCUACGGAUCACGUUUCAAGUACAUACAUCGUAUUUUCUUGCUUGAUCGGAUUUUCGAUCAAUAGUUGAGGAGGAAUAAUCGUUUUGUUAUCGCACAAUUGAAUGUUCUUCGUAGAAAACGAACGAAUAUUAAUCUUAUAGACAUUUUACAUAUAUACCUAUAUAUAAAUUCAAUAUUUUCUAUAAAUAGAAAAAUAAUUGUCCUUUCCCUUUGUAUCUUAAGAAGGGCAUUAUAUAAAUCAAAUCAUUGCAAAGUAUCAGAGACACUAUUUCCAGUUAAAUGGUAAAUAAUGUAAAAGAAAUAGAUCCUAUAAAAAAAUUUUUUGCUACAGUAGAAUAUAUCGUCAAAUGUAUCGUGUUUCCUUAAGUGUUCAUCAAUUGGCUUCGUGUUUUUUUUUCUUCUGAUCAUUCUCUACAUGAGAAACCAUCAACGGAAACAAAAAAAAUAUGUUAAGUUUCAGACGAAAGGUCCGGCUUUGUUGUUACGUAGGUAGAAAAUGCUAAACGAUAGUUAAGAGAAAGGGUAGAGGUAGAGGGUGUUUGAGACGUAUAAGUUGAGCUUGCAAACUUGUAAGCUCAAUCCCUCGCUGGCCUGAAUGUGUCUUAUAGUCUUAGUCAGUGCCUCGUGACUCGCAAUCCUAAACGGACGCAAGCUCACUCUCUCUCCCUCUCCCACUCUCUCUCUCUCUCUCUCUCUCUCUUUCUCUCUCUCUUUCUUUCACACACUCUCUCUCUCUCUCUCUCUCUCUCUCUCUCUCUCUCUCUCUCUCUCUCUCUCUCUCUCUCUCUCUGUCUUUUUUUCUAUUUAUUUGUGCCUCCAUUUAUUUUUCUUUUUUCAAUCAGCUAAUGAAAUCGAACUUUUAACUCUUACGUGUUUCGUAAUUAUACGUAUAUCGUAUUUUUAGAUAUAUUAUCAAAAUUACGUUAAUGAAAUCAGAGUAUCAUAUUUGUCGGUUAAAAAUAAUUUAGAGAAGAGCUGAAUGAGAGUUAAAAGAAAAAAAAAAAGAUUGAGAUAUAAUUGUUGGAAUUUAAAUAUAUUCCCUUAUAACGCAUCGUUCAAGUUUAUUGUGUUUAAUUGUAAAUCGAUGGGAGUUUUGAUCGCACGUGUGUUAUUCUUAAAGAAAAAAAAAAAUAACAGAGUUCGUCGUGUUAGUGGUGUCCUUGAAGAAUGAAUACCUAUAACAUAGUACAUCGUAGUUAUAUAUUAUAAAAGAACAACCAGGAGUAAUUAAAGGAUGGAAAAAAAGACGAAUGUGAUAAGAAACGCUAACGUGCAUUUAAUCAAGGAAGAAACUUUAUAAUAUGACUGCGAAAUGAAAAACUGUUUAAAAGCUGUGGUAAGAAAUAGAAUGGGGAAACGUGGAGAAAGGAGUCACGUGUUAAAUAAUUAGAUAGAGUUUAAAUCUCGACUUGAAAUCUUACUCAAGCUAUUUAGAAAUUUAUAACGAACGCGUGAGAGAUCUUUUGAAACCAUCCUCAAGUAGCCAUAGUCUAAGAGUUCGUGAACAUCCUCGACUAGGUCCUUACGUCCAAGGAUUGACGUAUCACGUAGCUAAUACAUUAGAAACGUUAAUGUCAUACGUCGAGGGAGGUACAAAAGCCAGAAAGACAGCCGCAACGUUACAAAAUUCCAGCAGUAGUCGUAGUCACGCAUUGCUCACAAUUUUUCUUAAUCCGGAGAUAUCAACGACGAUAGCUACGACAGGGCAACAAUCAACGAAUGAUGAAAAUACCGAUAGAAAAUACAACGAUGGCGCGUCCUCUUCUAAGCGCAACGACGUCACAUCUCGUAAUAACGGCAGUAAGCUGCAUUUGGUCGAUCUAGCCGGUAGCGAAAACGCUCAAAGGUGCGAUGGUCUACAUCGACUAAAAGAAGGUGCGAAUAUAAAUAAAAGUUUGGUAGCCUUGGGCAAUGUUAUUUCGGCUUUAACGGGAAAAGUCUCAGGUGCUAGUGGUUCCAGUAGAAGGUAUAUACCUUAUAGAGAUUCUUCGCUUACUUGGCUUCUGAAGGACGCACUCGGUGGAAAUGCUACCACCGUUAUGUUCGCAACCGUAUCACCAGCCAGUGAAAAUUACAACGAAACCGCGCAUACGUUACGAUUUGCUCAAAGGGCGCACAGCGUGGUCAAUAAACCCGUGGUCAAUGAAGAUCCCAUGGCAAAAACAAUCCGUGAAUUAAGGGCUGAGAUAACAAGAUUGAAAUCUUUGUUAUUAGAGAAGAACAUCGAGCCAGAUAAAAAAUCAGUACAAAAUGAAUCCGAGACGAAUGAUUCGGAAAAAAAGAAGGAUCAAUCGUCGAAAAAUAGCGUGCUGGGAAAUAAGAGACAGAUAGAACAUAUAAAAGAAGGUGUUAGUAGUGUUGGUGAUAGUAGUAAUAGUGGAGUUCUUUCUUUAAUCAGAAGAGUUAAUUCAACUGAGAAUUUAACAAAUCACGACAAUGCCUCCGUAAAAUCUAUUAGAAAAUUUGGUUCAUACGAAUGUCUCGAUUACAAAACGAGCACUAUCACUAGUUACAGUUAUAAUCGUGCUGAGGUUUCAGAAUUGAAGGAUGAAGAAAACAAUUUUAUCGGAGAGAUAAACGAAGCUGUAUUCGUCGACAUUCCAACUCUUGUUGCAGUACUUAUAAAGCCGGAUAAUAAUUUCCACGAGAACUCGACACAAAUCGAAGAGAUUUGUUCUGACGAAAUACACGAUUAUCCGAUCGAGUCGGAUUUUAUAGGAAGUAGUAACCUUCGCGAAAUCUGUGAAAGUCGUACAAGCAAAGCUGCGAACAAUGAUUAUGAAAAUGAAAAUAAUCAUUUCAAUCUAGAUUUGGAUAAUGAAAUAAACGAUACUCGUUCAAAUAUCAUUCAUUUGGGAAAAAAAGAAAAGUCUAAAUUUUGUAAACAAGAUUCCAUUAAUGUUGCAACACCAACAGAAACGUCUACGAACUUGUAUAUGUCGAGAAAAUUCGGUUCUGUCGAAAUAUUACAAAAAAAACGCGAUAAUCUAGCGACUCUAGAGAGAUCCAAUACGAAUUUGGAGAAACAAACGACGGUACCGGAGGAAGUCGACAUAGAGAAUAAACUCGUAGAUAAAGGAAAAGUCGAAAAUUCUAAAAGUGAUAGCUAUACAAGCCUAUGGAAAGAUACUAACAAAUUUGACAGUAGAGAUUAUCUUCAAAGGACUGGUAGUAAUGAGUUUGACAAAAAUCCAAAAGAUAAUUCAUCCGUGAUAGGUCUCAUAGGGAAAAUUAAAAAUACAGCGAGAAAGCCAAGUUUAGAAAGUUUAAAGAGGAAGACCAGUAAAGACAGUAGUUCGAGUAGUUCGAAAGAUGAACAGAUAUUGAUUUCGAGUUUGACGAAUGAUAAAAUCUUAAAGAGAAAGGAUUCAUUGGAUCAUAAUCCAUCUACAAGGGUUCACACUCCUGUACAAAAGACGAAGAGAGCGGAGAUUGUGGCUGCUGUUACGGAAAGAUUAUAUUCGAGCAGGAAACAAGUGGAAGAAAUGACAGGUGUGACAGGAUCUGCAUCAACGUCUCUUUCAGGUAUUCGUUCGCCUCCAGAGGGAACGGACGUUAGAUUAAUGACGUCCUCUUUGACGGCUAAAACAAAACUUCAAGAGAUAUCGAGAAAGAUGCUAGCCAAACGACGACGUGUCAAUGUUGAUACGCAAACGGAACAAAUCCAAACGAUUCGUAUGAAGGAUUCGGCAUCUUUAACGGACGAGACAAAAAUUGUUUGUCAAGAUGUAGGUGUAUUAACCGACGAACACAACGGUUAUCAAAUGAAUAUGGACAAUAGAUCGCCUGUUAUUAGAGUAAAAGAAAUUGCAACAUUGACGGACAAAUUAAAAUACAAAGUCAUGGAAUCUAAAGAUGCAGAGUGUUUAGUGAAUGAUCUCAAUUUUUACGAAUACGGUGUGAAUAUUUUAAAUAAUAAUUCCAAAAUAUUAUUGGAUGAUAUGAGAACUUAUACGAAUAAAAUGUCUAAUACAGAUACUUCAGAAUUAUGUUUAGCUAACGAUAAAAAAGUCAAUCGUUUUGAUAAAUCAACGAAUACUGUGACCGUUCCUGUUGCAGUCAAUUCUAUCAUUCAAACGCAACAGCCACCAGAGCAAUCAAUUGUACAAGAAAAAACAACGCAAUAUUUUGAAAAGAAUUACAAUGUAAUUGAAGAAUCCAUUCUUACAACGGCUGUACAAAAAUCAGAUAGAAACGUUAUUUCCAUGUGUUUACCCGAUACUAUUAGUAUAACUAUCGAAAGCUCAAAUCUUUUAGAAUCAAAAGUUGUUAUAAUUGAUGAUACUUUAAAUAAGACAAGUAUCUCGGAAAAAAGAGAUUUAUCUCGUUUAAAAGACAAUGAAUGUCAAACUGAAACUGAAAAGAAAAAUAUCAAAGAGGAAGAUAUGAGUAAUGAUUGUUAUGUGAAAGAAUUUGCAACAAAAUCAAGUGUCAGUCAAACGGAUAAUAAAUGUUUUAGAAUCGAAAAUAUAUUUGAGGAUCCUCGGCACAUCUCUAAAAUAUGUACUCAAUCGGAAGAAGAUACGUUGAAUACAUCUAAAAACACAACUACGAAAGCAUCGGUUACUUUUACCAAUUCUUUAGGUACCUCCUUCGUUCCAGAUACAAAAGAAUCUGCUACUGAUAUGAACAAGGGACAGGUUUAUGCACUUCAAAGUGGUCGAUCAUUUAACCGAGACAAAAGCUUUAGAGAAACGUUUAUUUCAAAAAAAUAUAAUAACCCAUUAGCUACAGACAUUUGGAAAAAUUGGAUGAUUUCAUUUCCUCCAACUUCGUGGCAACGCCCAAGAAAUGUAUUAUCAGUUAACGGGUUGACAUUUGCAUGGAAUAAUUCUUUAAACAACGACUGUACCGCGAUCGUUAGUACUAAAGAUUUGAAAGAACCUAAUCUAAAUUCCAAUGUCUUUCUUCCGAAUAAUAUGUACGAUAAUAAUGAAGUUACAGAUUUAAAAUCUCCAUCUUUGAUCGCCAGAAUAGAUUCUAAAAGAUUGCUAGAACACGAUUAUAAUUUUUCAGAUGACAGUCUUGAUUAUAACGAGGAAAAUGUUAUCUGUAAUUCGAAUAAUAUAAAUACAGAAACUCCUAAGGAGAAUGAAAUUUUUGAAAAUAUUUGCCCACCCGAUGUUGUCGCUCAUACUAAGAAAGAAAAUUCAACUACAUUAGGAAAUAGUUGCGACAAUAACGUCGAAGUCUCACUCGCGAAUCAUUUCGAAAAAGAUCAAAUAGAAUUUCCAAAGAAAAAAUCUGUCGAAUCAAUCGAUGAAUCUUUCAUUUCUGCUCACAAUUAUAAAUCAUUGAUUUUAGGUAAAGAUACAAUUAACAUCGAUAAUUCACAGGAAGCACGAAUUAAUUUCGAAGAAAAGUCAUCGAAUACCUUAAAAAAUUCUUGCAAGAAAAAAGUCACUUUUAUGGAUAGCAAAACUUCAACAGAACAUCAGAUUAAACCAAGGGAAACAAAUUCAUUGAAUCAAAGUAAAACUUUUUCCAAGCCUUUUAUUAAAAAGAAAAUUCACGAGCAUAAUGCUAAUGAUAAUGAUUCUCAGGUUGUUUAUAUGGAUGAUAGAGAAUUGUUGAUAAAUAAAGACAAAAUUUCGGAUGAUCAUCUGGAAAAUAUAAAUAAUAACGAAGGUGAUAACAUCAAAGAUAAAAUGCAAUCGAGUGCGCAAGAGAAAAAGACUACGGCUAAUUUUAUCAAGAUAUCGAGUAAUAAAAGCAUCAAGUCUUACGAAAAAAAUAGUUUUCGAAAUAGUUGGAGUGAUUCCGAUAGCAGUGAAGAUAUUAACAGAGACGAAGAUUGUAUUAUAAAAUUAAAGAGGAAAAUAUUACAAGAAUACGUUAACGAGGCAACAACGUUUAUGCGUAAUAUGAAUUCUUUCAAUGAAUAUAUAAAUAAUACUACAAAUAUUUGUGAGAAACAUCAGAAACAAGAGAAAAAACGAGGAAAUCAUCGACGAAAUUAUCCUCAGCGAAACGAAAACAAUACAGAAUUGAAAAGUCAUAAAGUUAUCGAUAAUAAUAUUGAAUUGUUAGAAGAAACUGACGUUAUAGUAGCCACAGAAUCUUUUAAAAAAUGUUUAGAAAGUAUCGAAAGAUUAGAAAAUUGUAUAGAAAAAACAAAUAAGCACAAUGAGUAUCUCCGUGAAAAAUAUGGCAUCGUCGUUGAAUCUGCUGGCGCUAAAUCUGGUUUAGCGAGCUCUAGUAUAGAUUCUAGUAUAAAUUCCAAGAUCUCUUCUAAUCCUGUUCGAAAAGAUACGAAUUUACAGGAAGAACCUAUUAUUUCGGAAACUUUAGAGAAUUUACUUCCUUCUAACAGGUGUUCUCUUAAAGAUUCUUCCAUGCCGAGAUUUACAGAAGAUCCAUACGAUCCAUUAAGGAUCUAUGAUGACUUUUACGAUACGAAUAAUGAAGAAGUGUUUAAUGUAAAAAGUAAAAUUGAAAAAAAACAUUCUAAUCGAUUAAUAAACGUUUAUCCAUCUUGCCAUUGUCGUACGAAAAGUAUUUUUUAUAGAAAAGAGAAACAAUUUCAGAAUAGUACUUGCAAAUUUUAUCAUUUUUAUGAUGAUAGAAAUAUGAACGAUUUUCUCGAUGAUUCAGUCGCAAAGGAGGAUGAAAAUAUAGAAUUGUCAAGUAGUAUUUUAAUGAAGCCUAUAAGGUAUUAUGAACAUUUAGGAAAAUCAUUCGAGGAUAAUGGCUUUCCAAGGUUAAUGACAAACACUUUUUUGAGAUGUACAAAAAAUGAAACACUGAAUUUUGCCAAUUCAAGAAUAUUCCAUCGAGCUACCGUUACUGAUUCUAAACCAUAUUCCUGGGAAAGAUGGCGAUAUCGUCCUGAAAGUCCAAGAGCAAAAUUUUUAGAAUUGUUACAUGAAAGACGACGCAUCGUUGAAAACAGCAGAGAUGUCACAUUUUAAAAUAUCAUCUC